UCAAUCAACAUUCAGAUUCCUUCACUUCUCCAUCAACCCUCCCUCUCAUCUCCCGGUCUCUGGACCACUGCGCCAUCCAUUAGUUUUGUUUGGAAUCCUUGGCCCUGUCGGAUGAAGAUCUUUUGGGUCAUUGCGACCACAGCGGACUGCUCGGUGAGUUGACCGCCGACUACGAUUUCCACCUACACCAGCUCCGCGACCAAGAAUCACAUCACCCUCUCCUCAUCCCCUCGACGCCGAAACGAUACCCCCAUACUUACACACGCACCCGCCAUCAUGUCCUCGCCACCGCCCCCACCGAGCAACCCGCUAAAGCGACCCUCUAUCUCCUCCUCGGCCUCGCAGCCACUCGGCGGCAGCUCCAAGCGCGCACGCAUGCACCCUCUCCGCCAGACCUCUUUCCCGACGACCAUCGACGCGGACCCCCGCGGCUUCAGCGCCGCCAGCGACACGGGCAGCGUCACGGGCAGUUUCACGGGGAGCCUGGGCGGCGCCAGCGCCGACGGGGUGUUCUCCGGCAAGGCCAAGAAACGCGGGCGCAAGAGCAAGGCGGAGAAGGAGCGUGAACAACGAGAGGAUGCCCUGAGUGCGCGAGGAGGUGCCGAGACGAGGUUCGGGUCGGUGGAUGCGGACGGGCAAUCCGUGCGAGGAGGAGGUGCAGGGGGGACAGGAGGAGGAGCCGGCGCUGGAGGUGCGGGUGGGGAGGAGGCCGAUGACGACGAGGACUUUGACGAUGAGGGAGAACUGCUAGGCCGAGAAGAAGGGGCUACCGAUACGGAAGCGGAGAAGAAGAAUCUUGCGUUACUGGUGGAUGCGUUUAAUCCUCUACAGUCGGAACGAUAUGAUCUGUUCAAACGGGCCAAGCUGCGUAAGGAGACGCUACGACGGAUCGUCAACCACGCCCUAUCGCAGUCGGUGCCGGCGAGCGUGGUGACGACGAUCAACGGAUUCACCAAGGUCUUUGCGGGCGAAAUGAUCGAAAAGGCGCGGACGGUGCAGGCGGAGUGGGCGGACGCACACGACCAGGCAGCGCUGGCGGCUUAUGAGGCUGAGGAGGCGUCCAAACCCGAGGAAUCCGACGGCGCGCCGGCGCAGGGACCACCCGUCACACGUCGUGAGUUCAAGCUUCCUGCGAAUCCGCAUCGGGGUCAACUGCUUCCCACGCACCUGCGCGAAGCCUUACGACGGUACAAACGGGACGGCGAAGGGGGAGGGGUUGGGUUCUCGGGGCUGAGUAUGGGUAACCUGGGGGUUCGAGGGUCAGUGACGUGGAGCGCCGGUAGUGUCGGAGGCCGACGAAUUUUCCGAUAAAGGAAACAUUUCGACAGAGGAUCCGUAACAAAAAAAUAAUUAACAAGGGUCUUUGCC